ACGAGAUAGUCUUGAUUUUUCUUGUUCUUGAUCUCAUAACUAAUACAUCGAUGUCAGCUCUCAGACGUUCGUUCUUUUUUAGUGUUGUCAAAAAGAAGCACGCAAUCAAUCAAUCAAUCAAUCAAUCAAUCAAUCAAUCAAUCAAUCAAUCAAUCAAUCAAUUUGCAAGCAAGUUAUUUCUCUCCCCCUGUUCCCCUUUCGCUCUUUGUGUCCUCUCCGUAAUAGCUGACCGGCCAAUCUUUGAGCUCGUAACAAGCCGGCCAGCCAAUCACUGGUCCCGCCCCGGAGACACCCACGCGCCUCCGGUUGGAUGCUAAUCGCGUGGAUGACACGGCCGAGGGAGACAGGCAAACAUCGACCACACAGCUGCCGCCUCCUGACAACGCCUGCCCUAAGACCCACCCACCCCGAACACCACCCGACCCUCACCACUCCUCCCUUGCUGCUGUCCCUUGGCGUUAAGUCCCUUUCUCCUUCAUAUUGAGAGGCUUGAGACACUAAAAUCGUUUUCACCGAUUCGCUCCUCUUGUGGAGGGUGUCCAGCUUAUAUAAGAGUAGUUCGCACCUCGACUCUUGAGAAGCUCGUAUUGACAAAGAUGUUUGAAAGUUAAGUACAGUUCUGCUUGUUUCUUCCUCUUUGUGAAUUACUACACAUCUUGUCAACAAUCAGGACAUCUGACGACCCAUCUUAGCUUUGCUUGAUAAGAAGACUCAAACUUUGCUAAACAACCAAGGUCUGUGUGAUUUCGAACACACUGGCACUGACACAACCGAGUGAGAUCAGUACUGAAGAGUCAAAACUUUAAAGAUGUUUUCCAGCUUCUUCGCCUCGACAAGGAAGAUCACUCUGGGAAAUAUAAGUGCUGAGUGCUUUCUGAUCCUCUUUAAACAUAGGUCUGUGUGGUUGACCUCGUGAUAGUGAAGACAGGUUCUCUAAAAGCCUCGUCCACCCCUCGACACUACGUCCACCCCUCGACACUACAUCCACCCCCAGUUGACGCCACAUCCACUCAAGUCUGACAAGACUCGGUGCUACCUGCGGUGUCUGGCAUCACCAACAGAAAUGGAGCUUCUUGGAUUGCAUCCCUUGGAGAGACAACAUAUUCAACAACACCAACAUGUCGGAGGUGGACCACCUGGACGAUGCUCACAUCUUCAGCCUCGUAUCCACCGCGCAGUUUCCCGGAGUACACCUCUUCCGACAAUGAAGAUGAAGAGGACACAAUCGAUGCACCCAGCGUCAAGAGCGUCUUCAUCGUCGUCUACACUCUCCUUGCCGUUUCCUGCAUUGUUGGAAACGGACUGGUGCUGGUCGUCAUGACGCGGUGUCCAUCAAUGCGCACGCGCACUAACAUCUUCCUGUGCCACCUGGCGGCCGCCGACCUCGGUGUGGGGAUCAUCUGCAUUGUUCCCAGCCUCCUGGUGGGAAUUCUCGCCACCUGGUUUGCUGGACCUAUGGGCCUGUUUCUGUGUAAAUUCUACAACUUCAUGGAGGAGUUCAACCUGACGGUGUCGAUCCUCUUGCACGUGCUCAUGGCGUUGGAGCGGUACGUGGCCAUCAUCCACCCGUUCUUCGCUCGUCGUCUGUUCACGCGCUGCCGCAUGUACAGCAUCCUGGUCAUCAUCUGGACAGCGGCGGGCCUUCACAACCUCCCUCUUCUCUUCUUGUAUGGCACGGAGACCACGCCCUCUGGCAGAAGCUACUGCUUCAAAUUCUGGACCAUGAACAUCGACCUCCCCCUCUACGUGACACUGAACUUUGUCCUCACAUACCUCCUCCCACUCAUCUGCAUGUCAGCCAUGUACAUCCGCAUUUCCUUCGUUCUGUGGCGGAGCAGCCCGCACAAGCUGCUGCAGCCCGACACUUCCACUGCAAGGUUUGGCAACGCCCACCCGUCUACAGAACGAGUGUCGGGUGUCGCGGCGGAAGGCGUGAACUGCGCGAGCGGCAAGGUCAGCCAGGUUCAUGGUCAGUCAGCUGACCGCAAAUACGUGCCGCUGACCCGCACCGGCGACCGGCGCGACAACAAGGACGAUACGAACGUCAACGACGCCGCCUUGGUCACCCACACCAGCAACAACAGCAGCGCAGCGGCAAAGGCGACCAAGGUGACGACAGCCUCUACCGUUACCUGGGGGAGGAGGGCAGCAGCAGUGAGGAGGAUGAAGAUGGCAGCCAGGCUGUGAGCUGCGGCGAGCAGACGGACAAAGGUGUUCGGCGAUGCAGACGUUGUAGCCGUCAAAGCCGCACCAGCUGCAGUUCGUCGUCCGCCUGCACCUCCAUUACCACCAUCGAGGAUAACAUUCCAGCCUGCUUGAACGAGAUUUGCUGCGUAGACGGAAGC